GCUGGUCACUUGGGCAUCAGUCUAGUGAAAUAAAGGGAACAGUAAUUUUUGGUUUGCCAGGCCCAUGCCUCCCUAAGGGUACAUGUCCCAGUUUUGGUUGAUGGCCAGUGGUUAGGGGAGUAGGAACUUCUGAGCAGCAGUCAGGAUUGUGAAGCCACCUGACAUUUGUUCCUGUCCAUCUUUGAUUGGCUGCCCUUGCUAAGAAUGAGCUGACAUUUGUGGGGGCGGUGGGGGAAGUACUCAGAUGGUGGAGAGCCAUUGGAACGGUGUGUUGUGCAGACAGAUGUGAGAGGGUGGAAAUCUCUUACAGCAGACUCUUUGAUUUUAGGUGAGAGGACGAGAGAGGGUUAACCCCUGAACCCUGCAGUCUAAUUUCCUGCCCUGAAGUACCUGCAAACCAGCCCAAGGGUAACCAUAAGCGGAUGCCUGUAUGGCUGCCUUACUGAUGCCACGCAGGAACAAAGGCAUGAGGACUCGACUGGGGUGCCUGUCGCACAAAUCGGACUCCUGUAGUGACUUCACAGCCAUUCUUCCUGACAAACCCCACCGAGCUCUCAAGAGACUCUCCACGGAGGAAGCGACGAGGUGGGCAGAUUCCUUUGAUGUGCUUCUCUCCCAUAAGUACGGGGUGGCAGCCUUCCGCGCCUUCCUAAAGACAGAGUUCAGCGAGGAGAACCUGGAAUUCUGGCUGGCCUGCGAGGAGUUCAAGAAGACCAGGUCGACUGCAAAGCUAGUCGCCAAGGCACACAGGAUCUUUGAGGAGUUUGUGGAUGUGCAGGCUCCACGGGAGGUCAAUAUCGAUUUCCAGACCCGAGAAGCCACGAGGAAGAACAUGCAGGAACCAUCCCUGACUUGUUUUGACCAAGCUCAGGGAAAAGUCCACAGCCUCAUGGAGAAGGACUCUUACCCCAGGUUCCUGAGGUCCAAAAUGUACUUAGAUCUGCUGUCCCAGAGCCAGAGGAGACUCAGCUAGACCACGGAUGGGGACUCUUGGAAGUCACCGGCUUUCCCUCCCCCUUGCUGCCAAGACCAUAUUCUAAUGUGAAAUGUCAUAGGUGUUCAAAGGCGCUGGGGUUUUAGGUGGGAGGCUGCGGGUGACAGGGGAAUGAAGGGCUGUUCCAAAGUAUGCCCCAGCUGCAGGAGCUGGGACUCUUCCAUUUACUCAGAUUUGUGUUUUGGUAGAGGUAGCAGCGCUGCUGUCACCCUUCUCUGGGUGGGCCGGUAACUGGCCCUUCAUAAUGCCUUCCGUCACCUCCCCUGAGAAGGCAGAUUCACUGUGCCGAGCUAAUUUGUACAUAACACAAACGCAGUUGCCAUCACCUCCACGCCACACCCUCUUUGGUAGGGCUCCUGAUCUUCACCUUGUUCUUUACCAGAGGGAGGAGUAGCUAG